ACAGAGACAAGACAGAGACACACACAGAGACAAGACAGAGACACACACAGAGACAAGACAGAGACACACACAGAGACAAGACAGAGACACACAGAGACAAGACAGACAAGACGACGCGAUGUGGUGUUGGAGUCCUCAGACCCCGCGGGACGACGAGAAGCAGAGCAACGUGAACACGGCGAGCGAGGCGGUCAAGAGGAUGGGCCUGGCUCUGGAGGAUGACGACCUCGCGUUGCUGGUGCGGGGCUCGCCGGUGCUCAAGGCAAGCUCCACGGGCCGGCGGGGCCGCCGCGUCAUGUCCUUGCGAGACGACUGCUCGGCCGUGCGGUGCAGCUCCCGCAAGCUCAGCAAACUGCGCAAGCGCCGCACCAUCUUUUCCAUCAGCGACCUGGUCGAGGUGCGCGAGGGCUGCCAGACGGAGACGCUGCGCGCCCUGCCGUUCGGUUCCGGGGGGGCUCCGGAGACCGGCGGUGGCAACAGAAACGGCAACAACAGCGGUGGCGACGGCGCCGGGAGCGGCGGCGACGGCGGGCGGCAGCCAGCGGCGGUGCCCGGGCACGUGGACCCUCAGCGCUGCUUCACGCUCGUGUUCCGUGGGCGGCAGGCCAACCUGGACCUGGUGGCGGACAACGCGGAGGAUGCCCGUCGCUGGGUGUACUGCCUGCGCAGCCUCUCGGAGCACUCGCGCACAAUGGACGCCCGGCAAAAGCUCGACACGUGGCUCUACCGUAGCUUCAGGAAGGCCGACAAGAACAAGGAUAACCGGAUGACGUUUGACGAGGUGAAAGACCUCCUCAACACGCUCAAUGUCAGCAUGAACGAGGUGGAGGCCAAGAAGCUGUUUGACGAGAGUGACAGCUCGCACACGGGCGACCUGGUGGAGGACGAGUUCGUGCAGCUGUUCCGGAAGCUGACACGGCGCGACGACGUGGCGACGCUGUUCAAGCGCCUCUCCCCGGACGGGAUAGGCCUGCCCGCCGCUCGGCUCGCCCAGUUCCUGCAGGACGAACAGCACGAGGAUGACAGCGAGCACCGCGCCGCAUGCAUCAUUGCCGAGCACGAACCGUUGGAUGAGGGCCGCAGUAAGGGACUGAUGACGCUGGAUGGUUUCGUGCGCUACCUGACUUCCCCGGACGGCUCCCUGUGGGACCAGCGCCACGACUCUGUCAGCCACGACAUGACGCAGCCGCUCAGCCACUACUUCAUCUCCUCGUCGCACAACACCUACCUCACGGACGAUCAGCUCCGCGGGCCCAGCAGCACUGAGGCCUACGUGAAGUCGCUGAUGCGGGGCUGCCGUUGCGUGGAGCUCGACUGCUGGGACGGGGCGGAUGGGGAACCGGUCAUCUACCACGGCUACACGCUCACCUCGCAGAUUUUAUUCCGAGACGUCAUCACCAGCAUCGCCCACGAGGCCUUCAAGGCGUCGGCGUACCCAGUCAUCCUGUCCUUGGAGAACCACUGCAACGUGGAGCAGCAGAUAGUGAUGGCGAGGCACCUGCGCUCCAUCCUGGGCGAGCGGCUCAUUACGGCACCGCUGCCCGGGCGGCCCCCCACUCAGCUGCCCUCACCAGAGGAGCUGAAGGGGAAGUUUCUCAUCAAGGCCAAAAAGCGGAGCGAGCCUGUGAAGAGCGAGGCUGAAGGCAACGGCAGUGGCGUGCAGAGCGACUCGACCGGCGCCACGACUGCUCCGAGCGAGCUCACGGGCAGGGACAGCACUGCGGACAAACUGUGCACGGGCAUCGAAGACGCCCGGUCUGAGCCAAAGCCAGAGCCACAGCACACCAACAAUCAGCCUGAGACACAGGCUGGAGCCCAUUCAGAACCUCAACCGGAACUCAAAUCUGAAACACGGCUGGAAAGCCAACCACAGCCAGAAAUCCGGCCUGAAACACAUCUCCAGACAGAGGCAAACCCAAGCAGCAUGUGUGCCAAAGAUGAGAGCGGGCCGAGCGAUGCUGCGGUGCUCAACGAAGAGGAAGGGGACAUCCCGUUCAUCGAUGGAGACAAUGAGGUCACGGAUGGAAUUGUAGAUGGGGUCACCGGUGGGGUAACGGACAGGGUCACAAAUGAGGUUAAGGAUAGGGUUGCAACUGAGGUCGCGGUUGAGGUCGUGGAUGAGGUCACGGAUGGGGUCAAAGGGAAGCAGUCAGAGACGAAGGGCAUUGGACUCAGGAGGAGUCUCUUGAUGAAGGUUGACAGCUUCACAAGGCAUUCAUCGGGGUCUGGCAGUAUCAAAUCCUCGGCCAAAGGUCUGGGGCAGGCGUCGGACACCGAGAGCGAUGUGUUUGAAGACAGCAAGCCGUCGACGGGAAAGCACAAGCCCUUAAAGGCGGAAAAGUCAAAAAAGAAGGAAGUUUCCAAAGAGCUAUCGGACUGCGUCAUAUACUGCAGUGGCGUGCACUUCGAGGGCCUCGAGAGGGCGGAGAGUCAUCAGAAGGGGAACGAGAUGUGUUCCUUCUCCGAGACCAAGACUAUGGGGCUCAUCGAGACACAGGGUAACGCGUUUGUGCGGUACAACAUGCAGCACCUCAGCCGCACCUACCCCAGCGGGACUCGCGUUGGCUCCGGGAACUACAACCCCCACGACAUGUGGAACGCCGGCUGUCAGAUUGUGGCACUGAACUUCCAGACCCCGGGCAAGGAGAUGGACCUGUACGACGGCCUCUUCCGGCAGAACGGCGGCUGCGGCUAUGUGCUCAAGCCGUCCUUCCUGCGCGAUCCACACACCGACUUCGAUCCCGGGAACCCGGCACGGGGCACGGGCCGCCACCCGGUCAAACUCGCCAUCACCGUGAUUAGUGGGCAGCAACUGCCCAAGGAGAGGAACAGCCGCCGAGGCUCCAUCAUCGACCCCUUAGUGAGCGUGGAGGUCCACGGGGUGCGAGGCGAUACAGCGGUGCGGGAAACGCACCACCAGGAAAACAACGGCCUGAACCCCGUGUGGAAGGAGGAGUUCUUAUUCCAGCUGACUGUGCCCGAACUCGCCCUCAUCCGCUUUGUCGUCAAAGACUACGACGUGACCUCACGGAACGACUUUAUCGGACAAUUCAGCCUACCCUUCUCCUGCCUCAGACAGGGCUAUCGCCACGUCCACCUCCUGUCCCUGGACGGCCGGAGCCUCUUCCCUGCGACUCUGUUCGUCCACAUCCGCAUCACAGAGCUGAAAGAGAUCGAGGGCCUAGAUCGAGGAUUGUAGAUUGUGGGAUGUAGAUUAAGGGGCAUAGAUUGAGGGGUGUAAGUCACGGGUAGUAGUUCUGAGAGGAGUAGAUAACAUGAUGUAGAUCAAGUGGUGUAAUUGAUAGUGAUCGGCGGAUUUUGAUCAAUGGAGGCGAUAGAGCGGCAUAGACCAAAGGACGUGGAUCAAGGGAUGUUAGCUGAAUCCCUGUAUAUGCAAUUUUGUGUGUGGACAGGGCACACCCCCUGUGUAAGUUCUCAUGAGCAAACUGUUUUUAUGGAGCCAUGUAAGUCACCUUUUUGGAGUCAGGUACACUGUGUGCAGUCUUUGACAUUUUAAACGUUUUUAUCGUAAAUGUUUAGCUGUUUUAAUAUAGCACAAUGUUAUCCCAGCAGAUUACAUAGUUCUGUUUUUUCUGCAAUAAUUGUGCAUUGUAAAUAGUUUGAAAGUAAAAGAAAAAAAACUUGGAAUCGUUUGAUAUGUUUUCAUGUAAUACAAUUGUUGAAGGUGAGCUGCCAAACAGCAAUAGCUUUUAAUUCAACCAAUGUUUACAAUUGCAAUACAAAAUUACACUAAUAUACAGCCAUGAGUACUUCGCUACAAAAUUACACUCGUAUGAAGCCAUUCUCAUUUCAUUUAUUGCUGCUUGUUGCAGAGGCUCAAGGUUCUAAUCCAGCAGCCGCCCUUGUUAUUGUUGCAAGAGUAGGCCAUUGUGUGCCGACGUCCGGGUCCAAAUUUGCCAAAUUCGGAAAUUACAUGACAAAUUAGUCAAUUGGGAUUAUAAACAAAGCAGCAAUCAUCGUGCUCCACUGGCAGACUACAUUCACACCAUGGAAAUGAGAACUGGUUAAACAAAGAAACAAUGUUACCGUGGGUUAUAGUAUAUAUUAUAAGACUUAAAGCUAUACAAUCAUAUGUGGGUUUUUUUAAGUGUAGAAGAGUGGUAAGUGUGGCAGAGUUUUAAUAAAUAGCAGUAGAGACAGGUUACCUCUUUGGAGUCGAUUUCAGCAGAUGCUAAUCGGCAACCUCAAUUUCAAAUAAGUUUAAAUGUAUGCCAGUAAGGCAAUUGUUAUUAAUUGAAACCGUUGUUUAGCAGAAAGGUGGAUUGCAGCCUAAUGUAUCAAUUGAAAGGAAAUAUUGACAAGCACUAUCUUGUGACAUUUAUGUUUUGACUGCUGUAUUGUCUUGAGUCGCUCGUUACUUUUAAACUACACACCAAAGCAAUCCAGACGAUUUUGUAAGACAUACCGCAAAAAGUUAUGUUGACACUAUCAUAGAAGAUUUUGCCAAAGUUACUUGCAUAGUGAUUUUAAUCACUGUUGCAACAAUGACAUUAAAGUUAAAAUCAGGUGGUUCUUACAUAACUACGUUUGAAUUACUGAUACCAUCCUAUAUCGUUAAGCAUGCCAUGGUGCAUAAAUUUGAUUCUUACGCCCGCGACGAUGUCAUAAGAAUAAUUGUCUACAUUGUAUACAAACUAAACUCAAACGAUAUGUUAAUUUUACAUUUCACUGUAAUUGCAAUGUUCUACUUUUGUGUAUUUUCUGUACCAUUUAAUCUUGAUAUUUUUUAUUAUCGGAAUGUAAUAUUACUAUGGUACUUGGAAUGACAACUCAAACUAAGGGGCGUGUGGUGUGGAGGAGAAACAGGGGUGAAUUGCUGCAUCAUUACCUGCCUGCAGCUCAUGGUAUGUUGUUGUGAUGGAAACUGAGAGAUGUCUCAACAUAAUUCUCAUGGGAUUGGCUUUGUAAUUUCUCGAAAAGCAUUGGAACCAUACGUAGUUUCACCUCUGUACUCUUAGAAAGACGUGCUAUCACAAUUUUCACACUGGUCCGUAUAUUAAUACAGAUAUUUACAAGGGAUUUUUUUUUUAUAUAUAUGUAAAACUUUUGUCACUUUUUAUAUGCUGUGGUGCAUUUUAUAAAUACUGAAUUGUUGCAAUACAGCAGAUAACAUUGUUUAUGCCACACUGCUUUGUAUGAACAAACUCAACUUUUAAUAACUGUUAACCCUAUAAUCUGCAAUACAGUACAGCACAAUAUUGAAGAUGAGCGUCUUGUCUCAAUGGGCCUUACCCCAAAGAAACUUGCUGAAUAUCAAUUAUUGUUUACAUUGCCGAAUUUACAUUAUGUCUGUAGUCAUCUCUGAUAGAGGCCCUAAAAUAUAAUUGCGUGGCUGAAUUGGUACUGUUAUAAAACACUUUUAAAUGCUCAUGGCUGUUUUUGAUAAACAUUCAAAGCUUUAUACACUCCUACAAAAUAAACACUUGCAGGAAUUUUGUUGUUGAUUAUUGAAACAGUUUAAGGACCAUUUUUUAUUUAUAAUUCACUGGGUUACACGAUAUGCUUUAAUGGGUUUCUAAAAAAUGUACAACAUUGAUAUCAAUGGUAAGAAAUUGUGAAUUUGAUAGAUUUUUGCAUUUUACACUUUUGAACUGACAUGUAAUAGUGAUACGUAUGUUUCUGCACUACUUUUGAAAGUAUAUUGUUUUCUACUUAAUGUUGCGGACGUUUCUGUCACGGCUUUCUUUUUAAGCUGUUUACCACGUUGCUUUUAAAGCUUUUCCUUUUUAAUAUUACACUACAGCAAUAAAUAUCACUGUAAUUGCAAUGUUCUACUUUUGUGUAUUUUCUGUACCAUUUAAUCUUGAUAUUUUUUUAUUAUCAGAAUGUAAUAUUACUAUGGUACUUCCAUUGUAGCAGUUUCUGCUUUUCAAAAAUGCAAUGAUUGGGAAAUAUGGUUGGUUGCAUUAAAUAUUUUUUUUUCCCUCGUU